AUGACAAACAUCGCAGGCGCAUUGCACGUCUACGAGCCUCUCGAUGGAGCAGACCACAUCAGACUGAUGUGUUUGGAACCAGCCUUCUUUUCUCAAGAACCACUUCGAUUUUCGUUUCUUAGCGGCAAUCUGAUCGACUUCGAAGAUCGAUAUGAGGCUGUAUCAUAUACCUGGGGCGAACCACUUCUAACCUAUCCGCUCCAUCACAAAGAUGGAACCCAAGUCAUGGUGACUGCGAAUCUCGAUCGAGCGUUGAGGCGCUAUCGUCUACCCGUCACGAAACGACUGCUUUGGGCGGACGCUGUAUGUAUCAACCAAGAAGAUGAUACGGAGAAAGCCGCACAGAUACCCCUCAUGGUCCAAAUCUUUCGCAAUGCGAGCAAAGUACAGGCAUGGGUUGGCGGCGGCGCACAAGAAGAAAGGGGCAUGCAGUAUUUGAGCAAACUUUCGCGAUUCUCUUCGCUUCCGCUUAAGCAAUUGUCUACAGAACUUCACUCUGUGGCACAGCAAUUCCUAGGCUUGCCUUGGUUCAACAGGCUGUGGGUCAUUCAAGAAGUGGUUUUCAACAACGACGUCAUUCUCACCUGCUGCGAUUCAGAGCUUUCCUGGUCCAGGCUUGUCUCUGCUCUACAAAACACCUCAAGAGGUGGCUCCGCCUUUCCUGCCUUCAUUAGUCCAGAGAGACGCUUCGCCCUCAACCAAAUUGCUCGGCUAUGGAAGCACCAUUGUUUGAUCCAAGGUCAAAUAGGCUUUUCCAUCACUUCACUCAAACCAAUGGUGGCUGAAAAGAUACCACAAGAUAUCUUGGAUGUCGUUAAUGUUUUCACUGAAUAUGGAUGUUCCGAUGCCAGGGAUCGCAUUUAUGCGUUGUACAGUAUGACCUCAGGGGUGUCGCCCACAAAUGCCAGUCGAACAAGUGGCGUCCUGAGAAGUGGUCGCAACAAUGUUCUCAUGGAUAUUGACUAUUCGUUGGACGUUCGGGAUACAUACAGAACAUUCGCCCCUGGCCUGUAUUAUUGGUGGACGUUUACUACAAGUGCUCAACAACGUGCUUUCUCGGUGUCCGCAAUACACCGAAGACUGGCCCACGUGGGUGCCAGAUUGGCGACAACCCAAUAA